AUGUCUACACGAAGGGCUCGUACGAUUGAAUCUCAGGCUUCGUCGGCGAGUCUACUCCCUCGAGGGUCAUUUCGCAAUGACCGCAGAGUUUCAGAAUUCGGGGAGACACCAUAUACCUUGACCAACUCAACAAUGAUGUCUUUAUCCGAAAAAUUUUCUCUUGCUGCCGAUCCUAUGACAUGGGGUGCAAACUUAUCUCUGAACUAUCGGGAACCAGAUGAUGCUCUCCACAACCCCACCGUGCGUGAUGGCAAGGUUGUGGACGACGAUGUUCUAUCUUUCUCAAAGAGAGGCGUGGCCAACGUUGGAUGCCUUAUGAUCCUUUGCACUUGCCUGCUCGCGUUAUUUGUCGCAUACCCUAUUCUAACAUACGUACAAGAUCAAACUUCUUCUUUGUCGUCGUCUUCGAACUUGGGAGUCAAUGCAUCGGGGCAGGUUCCCGAAAUGGGAAACUUUGGCCUCAUAGACUUAGAUACCCCAGAAGAUGCAUAUACCUUCACAUCUUGGAGAGAUGGCUCGGAGUGGCAGCUCAUAUUCUCGGAUGAGUUUGAAACCGAUGGGCGGACUUUUUAUCCAGGUGAUGAUCCUUAUUGGGAAGCUGUGGACCUCCAUUACUGGGGUACCAAUAACAUGGAAUGGUAUGACCCAGCAGCUAUAACUACGGCGAAUGGAUCUAUGCACAUCACACUGUCGGAAAAGGCGACCCACGGACUUGACUAUCAAGGAGGGAUGGUGGCGACAUGGAACAAAUUCUGCUUUACAGGCGGAUAUUUAUCCGCUUCCGUUCGACUGCCAGGAAUUAGUAACGUUGUAGGACUAUGGCCCGCUGUAUGGGCCAUGGGCAACCUGGGACGCGCUGGCUAUGGUGCAACCCUCGACGGAAUGUGGCCAUACACAUACGAUGCUUGCGACGUCGGCACGGCCCCAAAUCAAACCAUUAAUGGCUUACCCACAGUCGCUACAACCAGUGGCUAUUCUGACUACAACUAUGAACUUUCAUACUUGCCUGGACAGCGACUCUCCCGGUGCACAUGUGACGGCGAGAGCCAUCCCGGUCCCAAACACUCCGAUGGGACCUACGUCGGGCGUGCCUCCCCCGAAAUCGACGUGUUUGAAGCACAGGUUAGUAAUGACAUCGGACAAGUAUCACAAUCUGGACAAUGGGCGCCAUUUAAUGAGGGAUAUGUCUGGGACAACAGUUCGGAUAAUCUCAUCAUUGCAGAUAGCAGCAUUUCAACACUGAACUCGUAUAUCGGUGGAUCGACACAGCAGGCAACAUCGGUUGUAUCGACGUCAAAUUCAAGUUGCUAUCAGUUGUCCGACGGUUGCUUUGCAACCUAUGGUUUCGAGUAUAAACCUGGUUACGAGUCAGAUAAUGCCUAUAUCACAUGGAUAAACAACGGCAAGGUCGCUUGGACCAUCAACGCUGCCGGAGUCGGAGCUGAUACUGGUACUGAAAUCUCCGCGCGACCUGUCCCCCAAGAGCCGAUAUACAUUAUGGCAAAUCUUGGAAUGUCCACCAAUUUUGGAGACGUAGAUUUGGAUCAUCUAACCUUUCCCGCGAUCAUGUCAAUAGACUGGAUUCGUGUAUACCAGGACCCCAAUAGCAUAAACGUUGGUUGCGAUCCGGACGAUUUCCCUACUGCUGCAUAUAUAGAAACAUAUGCUGAGGCAUACAACAAUCCUAACUUGACAACAUGGGUCGAUGAUUAUGGCCAAACGGUCCCCAAGAAUUCUCUUGUGGAUAGCUGCUAA